CACACACACACACACACACAUGCUUGCUUUCAUUUCUCUUGUCACACAUCGUGUCCCAGCGUGGCCUGAUCCCACUCAUCUUCCCCUUCCUCGCCCUCCUCAUCUCCCUCCCUCAUACCCCCUCAGAUCUCUGCAUCCCACCAAGCCAAGUCCAAAAGAAAGAUGGAGCAGCAAGCCAUGAGCCAGCCACGCACAACGCCACCCAAGCCACUGACCACGACACCAGAGGACCCCGUGUGGUUUGUGUUUGGCGGUCUCGGCAGCGAGUGGUCCGAUGCGGGAAGGCAGCUGCUGCAGCUCCCGCGGUUCGCUCGCAUUGUCGACAACUUCCAGCAGGCAUAUAAGGACGUGUGCCCACGCCGUGCGCAGCUCAAUCCUUUCCCACAGCUCCUCACUGCAGAGCACAUCCGCACGGCAAGCAGCGACGAUGCACAAACACGCACCCCUGCUAUGGAGCACGACACCACCACCCGCGACGCCACUAGCAGCAAGGCCUCCGACCUCGAAGCUGCAAAGCCAGGCGACACAACAUCUGAUGCUCCGCCUCCUCAGAACAACCCCAACACCAUCGUCAACAGCAGCAGAUGGUCGUCUCUGACGUGGCCGGCCGAGGACGAUGAGGACGUGGUGUCGCAGCGCGAGGCCCUGCUUGACAUGCUGCUGCGUGUUGUUGGCAUGGAGGUGUGCAUGGUCGACUACCUGGGCGAGCUCGGCGUGCACCCGGCCGGCGCCAUCGGCCACGGUGUUGGCGACGUUGCGUGCGCAUAUGCCCUGCAGCGCAUGAGCCACCACGUUGUCGUGCACGCCCUCAUCGGUCUGGCGUACUGCGCACCCAUGGACACCACAAAGGCGGUGGUGCUUGUGAGUGCAUCACCACGGCACGUGAUGUACCACUGGUCCCGUGAGUUUGAGGUGGUGGCGGACAACUCGCCCUUCUCGUGUUCCCUGCUGGUUGACCGCGACCGCGUGAGCAGCCUGCGCUCGGCCAUGGAUGCCGCCGCCAUCGACACACGGACCGUCGACACGUGCGGCAGCACCAUGCACGUGCCAGAGCACGCACGCGACGUGGAGCAGCGUGCAAAGGCGUUUCUGGACGACCCGGCACACGAAGCGUUGGCCCGCUGGUGUCAGCGGCGCCACUCCCGCUGGCUGUGCGUGUCACGCAGCACGGAGGAGCACUACAAGAUGACGUGCACGUUCAACGACAUCCUGCUCAGCAUGCUGCGGAAGGUGGAGUUCUACGGUGCUGCAAGCGUCAUCCCUCCGGAAGCAACCGCGCUUGACAUAUCGGCAAGCGGCAUGCUCACUGCGCUGACACGCGAGUCGCGGUGUCGCCUCUUCGUGCCGCCCCCACAACCGCCGUAUGUGCCACCGCCGCCAAUCCGCGAGCGCUCCUCCCGUGCCAGCAUCGCCAGCAGCAGCAGCAGUGGCAGCCGUGGCAGUGGCAUGGGUGGUGCGAGUGGCGGCAAUUGCAGUGACGCGAGCAAUCGCAGUGAUGCGAGCAAUGGUAACGGCGGUGGUAGUGGAGGAAGUGGAGGUGGUGGCAACGUGCAUCGGCGCCGUCGCAGCCGAAGACAGCCAAGCAUGGUGUUUGCACCAGGCGCAUUCAGGGACGUGGUGGUGCCGGUGCAAGUGCGAGAGGAAGGCACCGCACAGCAGCAGACGGGCGAAGAACGUGGGGCCAAGUUGGGGGUGGGGGCACAGGAGCAAGUGCAGGACGAUGGGGUGAGAGCAGAGGGGCAAGAGGAGAACGAAGGAAAGCAGCAGCCGCAAACAACGCGCAACUCAAGGACGUCAGCAACGGGAAUGACAACGGCGGCUGUGGUGGCAGGAGAGACGGUGACGCGGGCGAGCAGCGUGGCGCCUCUUGCAGCCCCGUUGGAUGAAAAUGCGUCCGAGCGAAUGCGGGCGGAGCGUGAGAAGCGGUGGCGAGCAAUGGCAGCGGCACCACACCUCUUUGUCGAGUUCCAGGAGCUUGGGCCCACGCUACAGGUGAUGGCACGCGAUGAACCUGGCCUGCAUCGGCUCAAGGCCGCGUUGGAUGCAGUGCACGCACACGACGAAGCGCUCACUCGCGUGCUGUCGCAGCAGCAGGAGCAAGGGAAAGAGAAGCAGCAAGAGCAAGGGGAAGAGAAGCAGGGGGAGGAAGAAGAAGAACACAGUGACGCGAAGGGGAAGGAGGGGGAGGAAGAAGAAGAACACAGUGACGCGAAGGGGAAGGAGGGGGAGGAGGGAUUGGACAGAGAGCAACUGCGCGAGCCAAUGCAGCGUGUGGGAAGUGAGGUGCAAGGUGCAGCCGAUGUGAUGCCCGGUGCUCAUGUUGCUGGAGAUGGUGAAUGAUGCUGUGUGUGCGUGUGUUGGCUGCGAUGUUGUCACAGCAGUGGCGUUGUCAUUGGCGCGCUUCAUGCCCUCCUUGACCGUGUACUGCUCAGUGCUUUGCUGUGUGAUCAUCACCAUUAAAAUUAUUGCAAUCAUCACCAUCACCAUCACCGUCACCAUUCUCAUUGUCGC